GUGUUGUAUUACCCGCUACUGACGCAGUUGUUUUCGUACUCUGUCAGAGGAAGUGUUUUGAGUAGAAAUGUGUUGAGUGUGUGCAUCAAAAGAAUGACUACAAAGAAAACAUACGGUAAUAGGAAAUUUUAUGCUCUUCCAGACGAAUAUCCCUUGAGAGGAACGAAAGUUCGUGCAGGGUAUGGUACCAAAAAGAAUGAAGACGCUGCAAAACUGAUAAAGUAUAUCGAUGACUACGUUAUCGGAAAGAACACAACAUUUUCUGGCCCUUAUGGGAGACGGAAAGUCGUGUAUUGCGACUACACUGCAUCUGGAAGGUCUUUGCAGUUCAUCGAGGAUUACAUCCUUCGGGAAGUUCUGCCCAGCUAUGGAAACACCCACACCACAACAAGCAUCACUUCUCUGCAGUCUACUCUCUUCCGGCACGAGGCACGGGAUGUUUUCAGGAAUGCGGUCCAUGCAUCUGAACAUGAUGCCGUGAUCUUUGCCGGUCAAGGGUGCACGGGCGCCGUUCAUAAGCUUAUACAUGCUCUUGAUCUGUCGGAGCCACCCGUCGUAUUUGUUGGACCAUGCGAGCAUCAUUCCAACUUGCUUCCUUGGAGGGAACGGGGUGCCAAGAUUGUCCGUAUCGCCGAGAGGAAAGAUGGUUAUCUUGAUUUGGAUGAUUUGGAGCACCAGUUGCAGCUUCAUCAGGGGACAGGAAGGCAGCUGAUUGGCUGUUUCUCUGCUGCAUCCAACAUAACUGGCAUAAUCGCAGAUGACAUAGCGACUACGCUGUUGCUGCAUCAGUACGGUGCAUUUGCGUUUUGGGAUUACGCUGCUGCAGCUCCCUACGUUAAAUUGGAUAUGAAUCCAUUUCUACCUGGUGUAGAUGAGCGAGCGGUCUACAAAGAUGCCAUGUUCUUUUCUGUACAUAAGUUUGUCGGAGGAGUACAAACACCAGGAGUGCUUAUUGCAAAGAAGGCUCUCUUUAAGAAUACAGCACCAAAUGGCUGCGGAGGCGGGACGGUGUUCUUUGUGACGAGGGACAGCCAUCGCUAUCUCCAGGACACGGAGCUUCGAGAAGAAGGUGGGACUGCGGCUAUAGUGGAGUCUGUGAGGGCGGGGCUCGUGAUGCAGCUGAAGGAGACUGUAGGAGUGCAGGCCAUCAUGGCACGUGAGGAAAGAAUAUCAAGGAUGGUCCUGGCUCAUAUUCGCACCAUUCCAGAACUCAUUCUUCUGGGCACUAGCUCCCAGUCUGUGAAGAGACUCCCUGUCUUUUCUUUUAUGGUUCGCCAUCCACGUGGAACCUUCCUGCAUCACAAUUUUGUAUGUACAGUCCUGAAUGACGUGUUCGGAAUACAGGCACGUGGAGGCUGUGCGUGUGCUGGUCCUUAUGCUCAAGACUUGCUAGGAAUAAGUGAAGAUUUGGCACGAGAAUAUGAGGCAAUUCUGCUCGAGGAUUCACGUUUAGAUCGGACGCACCUUCGACGAAGGGAAGAGCAUUCAAGUUUUGAGAUGCUGCGACCUGGCUUUGCUCGUAUCAGCUUUCCAUUCUUCAUGUCGGAUUCUGAAGUAGCUUUUGUCCUUGAAUCUCUCAAGAUGGUGGCAACUGAAGCAUGGAAAUUGCUUCCACAGUAUAUCCUCAAUCCUGAGACUGGUGAAUGGCGGCAUCAUACAAACACGGUGUUCCGAGAUAGAAAGUGGCUUGGAUCGAUCCGCUAUGUUGAUGGCAAGAUGACGGUAAAUGAACGGAGAGUAUCUGGACAUGGCACGUUCCCACCCCAAGAUUAUGCAGAGUGUCUGCAGACUGCCAGGAACAUAUUCAAUAAGGCAAGAAAGAUGGCUCAGCGGUACCCUUUGGCUGAUCAGUGUGUUAUGUUUGAUGAAAGCACAGAUCGCUUACGUUGGUUCAUGCUUCCAAGUGAGGCACAAGAUCUGUUACUGGGCAACUCUCAGAAUCGUGGGAGUGUCACUGAGGUCUUUCCUGUGGCAUCGAAUGCUGGUAGCCGUGCUCUUCCUGUUUUGUUCUCACGGCCCAUUUGUUUCGGGUCCCCCCGCCACAACAGUUUGCCGUGUACUGAUCACACUAAACAUGAAAAUGUGGUCCCACGUGCCAUUUCUGUCAUGUACCCCCCACUCCUGAAUAUCAGCAGUGGAAGUGAUGGGUGUCUUCAUAAACAUAAUCCACAAUUCUUCAACAAUAGUCAAAGCCCUGUACACUUUGCUGUUGGUGAAGUGGUGAAUCCAGCUGCUGUCAUGACAAAAUUACCACCAGGAAUGACUCCGAAUAUUAUGAACGAGCAGUUAUGUCCGCCUCGGACACGGUGUCAUAGCCUUGGUUCAUGUUCGCCUCAAGUUCUGAGUCCGCAAACGAUGGCCAGUCUUGGUAUUGGGGUAGCGGGUGCGGGAGAUACGAAGCAGCGGCACUGUAGCCGCAGCAGUCAGACAGAUCUCAACUCUCUGGAGAUGGAUUCAUUGCCAAGCUUGAACAUGCUUCAGCUGAAUGCAUCCUCUGCCACUGAUUGUAGCGCAACAGGUCGUUCUUCUCCCACGCCGUCAUCUAUCUCGACUCAGAGUCCAGAAGAUCUUCAAGCAUACGUAAAAGAAGUUACAAAGGAACUAGCAACUGAAAUCAAAUCAGAAAUACGUGAAGUGAUAUCCAAAGUAGAAGAUGUUCUGUCAGAAAGUAUGGAUUCUGCAGGAGAAACCUGCAGUAUUUUCCAUCAACAUCUAACUAAUCCGUCAUUGGACAAACUUCAUACAGCUUCGGGUGAAAGUGUUAGGGGCGACUCAUUGUCUGCAAACGACAUUGCUGAAUACUUGAUGGAAGUUUCCAGGGAAAUGGCUUCCGAGGUGAAGUCGGAAAUUAGGGAAAUGGUGAAUGCAGUGGAUGUCCUCAUUUCACCCGAUGCUCAAAGUCAUGAAGAAAAAUCAUCAUCAGCAAAUUCUCCUGUAGGUACCCCAGGGUCUUACCCUGGUAUUACAGGAUGCAUCUAUACAAAGUUAGGGGAGUUGAGUGGAGAGAGAACACAGUCAAGUGAAUGCUCAAGCGAUGAGACCGUUAUACAGAUUCUCGGUAUAGAUGCGAAGAAUGGUCAGACUGCUGCUGAAGAAACUGAUGAAGAGGCACCAGAAGAUGUUACAGUUGACAACAAGCAUUUCCAUCACAUGCGUUCCACAAUAAAUAGCAUCAGCUCACAAGACAGUGGGAUUAAUUUAACUUUCCAAGAGUCCGAUUCGUCGUCGCACGGAAUAGCCGAAAGAAGAAGUAGCGAAUUGGCAAGAAAGUGUGUUCGUAAAAUGAAUGAUUUGUCAGAUUCUAGUAGUAGCAGUAGUAUUGGAGGUGGUGCUAAGCUUGGAGGUGCUGAGCAACGGUUUGUGUCGGUGCCAGUAGAACCGCCGUCAGACCGUGCAUCUGAUGCCUGUUCUACGUCGCAGGAGGCUAGAGCUGCACAGGCUGUUGGUGACGGUGUUGCCAGAUGGCAUUGCCCUCCAAAGUCAAUCUGGAAACCAGCUGUUGAGGCACUUCAAGAAUUUGACAUGAUUCGUGAUGGUGACCGAGUGAUGGUUUGCCUGUCUGGGGGCAAAGACUCCCUCAGCCUACUGCACACCCUCCAUCAGUACCAGUUCUAUGCUAAAUCCAAGGGGAUUCAUUUUACCAUCGGGGCAGCUACUGUAGAUCCCGGCAGCUCAGCGUAUGACCCGCGACCAUUGGUGCCAUAUCUCAAGGAACUGGGUGUACAUUACCUUUAUGAGGAGCAAGCUAUUUUGGAGCAAGCAGCUACAUUGGAGAAGGGGUGCAAGUCAGUUUGCAGUUUCUGCAGCCGAAUGAAGCGAGGUAGACUUUACGCAGCUGCACGUGCCUACAGCUACAAUGUGCUCGCCCUGGGACAACAUCUUGAUGACCUCUCAGAGAGUUUUUUUAUGUCUGUGUUUCAUAACGGCAGACUAAGGACCAUGAAGGCUCACUAUUACAUUAGGGAACGAGAUCUGCGCGUGAUUCGCCCAUUUGUGUAUGUGCGAGAAAAAUCCCUGCGUCAGUUUGCCGAGAGCAGGAACCUUCCAGUUAUUCCAGAAAAUUGUCCAGCAUGUUUCGAGGCACCAAAAGAGCGCCAUCGCACAAAGCAACUACUGGCACAACAGGAGAUAUUGUUCCCACGGCUGUUCUGGAGUUUGCGAUCUGCACUUCAUCCACUUCUUAGCUUCCGGCACACGGGCGAAGAAAGCCGAGCUUACACACGACACAGAAAGCACUCGCAGUCUCAAGGACUGCAGCCAAAUUCUGAUGAACUGAGCUCAGAUACUGAUGAAGAACCUGUUUCAUAGAGCGGGAUAAAGGAAUGUUCAUCUCAAAGCCGUACUCUUGGCACAAGAUAUAGGAUUGAAGACUGCAAACAUUGUAGAUCAGUAACUGUAAUAAGAUAAUUCAAGAACUGAAAGUUCUAGUAGUUCAGUUGUUAGCGGGGUGAAGUGAAACGAUGCAUGUUGAGAUACAGAGAAGACGCAGGAAAAAUGGAUCCUGGAACUGUACUUCUCGUUUCAACUGCGCGAUCAUCCGAGUUAGGUCAUUACAUUCACAAGGUCCCGUGACUGGUUUUCCUGGUUCAAAUUCUUUAUGACUUCUGCCCUAAAUAUCCCAUAAUUCCCAACCUCUGCCAUUCUGUACAGUUCACAAAUGAUUUUUGUCCAGACAUCAACCAUCGUCUUCAAAACAUUAAUUAUUACAUUGUAAUAAUGUAAAAAAAAAUUAGAAAAGGGGAAAUCUUAAUUUUUUACUAGGUGACAAUAUAAAUAUUCUGUAUUUCCUAGAUAAAACAUUUUAUUUUCCGUUGUUAUUUAUGGUAUUUGUAUAACAGCGCAGAUUUAAGUCC